UCCAAACACGUUCAAAUACCAUUCACUGAUUACAGCUGCUUUAAGCGCGUUUCUUCCAGCAAUCACUUUCUCUCUCUCAAAAAAGCUACUUAAUAUCGAUGCGUCGCGUUUCUCUCUCUUAGUUCAAAUUUCGAAUUCCAAAAACCAGAAUGCUCCUCCCAAUCCACUGUUGCUACCUCAGCACCAUCGUCGCGCUGACAAUCUUCCUGUCCGUCAGGUCGUUUUCCGACGCUCAAUCCUGCAAUGGCAUCCUCGUUUCUUAUGCCUAUACCGGCGGCUCGCGGCUGCCGCCGAAUGUCUCCAACGCGGCGGAGCAGCCCUACCGGUUCGAGUCGACGUUGACAGUACUCAACAACGGCCUCGAUGAACUCAAGUCGUGGAAGGUCUUCGUGGGGUUUGACCAUGACGAGUUGUUGGUCUCUGCGUCCAAUGCGGUUCUCGCCGACGGCACAACCCUCCCGGCCGCCGUCGGAAACGGCACUGUUUUCGCUGGCUACCCCAUGACCGAUCUUAAGACCGCCGUCGCCACCGCCGGAGACUUGACCCAGAUGCAGGUUCAGAUCAACCUCGUCGGCACCGUGUUCGGGGUGGCGCCGCCCAGUGUUCCGAUGCCGAAAUCCAUCAAUCUCGCCAAUGAUGGAUUCGUAUGUCGUGCAUCCACCACCCAAGGGAAGAAUGCUAGUAGUGUGUGCUGCACUAGAGAUCCCAAGUUCAAAACUAACAUCACCACGGAUGAAGAGUUUCUGCCACGUCAGAAUGGUGAUCUUAGUAUUAUGUAUGACGUGAUAAGAACUUACGAUUCUAAUUACUGGGCUGAGGUUACUAUUGCAAAUCAUAACCCACUUGGGAGGCUUGACAACUGGAGGUUGAGCUGGGACUGGAUGAAUGAUGAGUUUAUAUAUUCAAUGAAAGGGGCUUAUCCUUCUGUUGUUGAUGCUUCUGAAUGUUUGUUCGGUAAGCAAGGUACAUUCUAUAAGGAUCUUGACUUUGCCACUGUUUUGAAUUGUGAGAGAAGGCCAACCAUAAUUGAUCUCCCCCCUACCAAGUUCAAUGAUUCUGACCUUGGGAAGAUUCCCUUUUGCUGCCGGAAUGGUACUAUUUUGCCGCCCUCCAUGGAUCCUAGCAUGUCAGCCUCAAGAUUCCAAAUGCAGGUUUUCAAGAUGCCACCGGCGCUUAACCGAUCCCAACUUUCACCUCCGCAGAACUGGAAGAUAAGCGGUACACUCAACCCUGACUAUAAAUGCGGCCCUCCUGUAAGAGUGAGUCCCACCGAAAACCCCGAUCCUUCUGGCUUACCGUCGAACAAAACUGUGAUGGCCAGUUGGCAGGUUGUGUGCAACAUUACGACAGCCAAGGGAACAUCAAGUAAAUGCUGUGUUUCAUUUUCGGCCUAUUACAAUGAUUCAGUUAUUCCAUGCAAAACAUGUGCUUGUGGAUGUCCCCAGAAUAGAGAGAGAACAUGUAGUACUACUGCCUCAGCUAUGUUGCUUCCACCAGAGGCACUUCUUGUUCCUUAUGAAAACCGAACCGCCAAGGCAAUUGCUUGGGCAAGCCUGAAACAUUUUCCAGUGCCAAACCCGAUGCCCUGUAGUGAUAACUGUGGUGUGAGCAUCAACUGGCAUUUGCUCACGGACUACAAUAAAGGAUGGAGUGCAAGGGUGACACUUUUUAACUGGGGUGAGACCAAUUUUGCAGACUGGUUUGCUGCAGUACAAAUGGACAAAGCAGCUGCAGGUUUUGAGAAAAUGUACUCUUUCAAUGCAACCCUUGUAGAUGGUGUAAACAACACAAUUAUUAUGCAAGGUUUGCCAGGAUUGAACUACCUUGUAGCAGAAGCUGACGGAGCUGACCCUCUGAGAGAUCCUAGGGUGCCUGGUAAACAACAAUCAGUGAUCUCUUUCACAAAGAAACUUACUCCUGGAAUCAAUACGGUUCGUGGAGAUGGUUUUCCCACUAAAGUUCUUUUCAAUGGAGAGGAAUGCUCUCUUCCUUCCGUGCUUCCAACUAGUGGUGGUUCUUGGGAUGGUUUUUCAUUGGGAACUUCAGUGCUACUGUCACUGUUGUCGUUCCUCUUGAUGAGAUGAUAGUGGCUAUGUUUGAUUUAGACUUUGGCUUGCUCUGUCCCGAGACAUGAUUUGAUUCAUAUAUUGACCUUACCACAGAAACUCAGUGGACUUAGUCGUGCUAUUGUAACAUUCACGCGUGUGUCUGGUUUGGAUGCUGUCACUCAUUGUUCAAUUCAUAUGUGAUUCUUUCGA